GAGGGGUACUGCUGCAGAGGGAGAAGGAGGGAAGACGUUGCUCUUGGAACGGAGAGAAGCAAGAGGAGAAAAGGAGGAAACGGGUGGAUUUCAAAGAUGGGAAAGUUGAAAGUUUGAUGAGUCAGAGGAGGAUCUGGGGAGUCAACAGAAAAAGGAUGCAAUGAGAAAGUAAGGGACAAGCCAAAGGUGUGCUGAAGAAAGUAACUGCAACAGUUGGUGGGGUGGAGGAAGAAAAAAAUGGGGAGUUUACAUGUGAGCAAAGGAGGGCCGAGGAGGAGAGGCGAGUGUUUUUAAGGAUUGUUUUGAAAGCAGCAGAGCAGGGCAGAGAGUCUCCUUCCCUCUGUCCCUGCAGCAGGGCUGACCGAGAGCCAGGAAAAGGGGAAGGGCGUCCGUCUAUCCAGCUGACAAAAACAGCUGUCCAGGAGCUGGAUUCGCCCUUGAGGGUCCGGGAGGUGAAGGCGACAAAGAGGGACCGAGGAGGAGGAGGAGGAGCAGGGAGGACAGACGGAGAUAGGAAGGCGUCCAGGACCUCGUCCUCUCACAUGGGGUGCGUCCUGAGCUCGGACUGGUGCGGCGAGGGAGUGGUGCAGCCGGUGCCGGUGGUCAGGAGCUCGUCUGUGCACAGGAGGAGUCUGGAGAGGAGCGAGAGCGGCAGGAUGAGGCUGACAAAGUCGGGGAAAGGAGAGCCUCACGUCUUCAAAGAAAAGGCCUUCAAAAAGAAGCGUCAGUGCAGCGUCUGUCGGCAAAACAUCGACAGCGUGGGCUCCUUCUGCAGAGGAUGCAAAACAGCCACCCAUAGGAAGUGUGAGGCCAAGGUGACCUCCGCCUGCAUCCCGCCGCCCUCCAACGAUCUGCAGCGUAGAGGGACCGCUCCUUCUCGACAGCUCCAACACCUGGGGUCGACCAAGUCUUUGACCUACACCAAGCAGAGGAACACGCUGCCCAGGAGCUUCAGUGUGGACCGCGUGAUGGAGCGCGUGAUGGAGCGCCACUACGACUUCGACCUGACCUACAUCACUGAGAGAAUCAUCUCCGUCUUCUUUCCUCCAAAGCUGGAGGAGCAGAGGUACCGCAUCAACCUGAAGGAGGUGGCAGCCAUGCUCAAGUCCAAACAUCAGGACAAGUUUCUGCUCCUAAAUCUCUCUGAAAGGCGCCAUGACAUCUCCAGACUGAAUCCAAAGGUUCAAGACUUCGGCUGGCCCGACCUGCAUGCCCCACCGCUGGAUAAGAUCUGCGCCAUAUGUAAAGCCAUGGAGACCUGGCUGACCUCUGACCCUCAGCAUGUUGUGGUCCUGCACUGCAAGGGGAACAAAGGUAAAACUGGCGUGAUCAUCGCGGCGUACAUGCACUACAGCAAGAUCUCUGCAGGGGCGGACCAGGCUCUCAGUACUCUUGCCAUGAGGAAGUUCUGUGAAGAUAAGGUGUCCUCGUCUCUCCAGCCGUCCCAAAACAGGUACAUCUAUUACUUCGGAGGCCUCCUCUCUGGAGCCAUAAAGAUGAACAGCAGCCCUUUGUUCCUCCAUCAAGUGCUCAUCCCGUCUCUCCCAAACUUCCAGGGGGAAGGAGGUUACUACCCCUUCCUGAAGAUCUACCAGUGCAUGCAGCUGGUUUACACCUCUGGAAUAUAUGACCUUCAGGGCACAGGAGGCAGACGUCUGUGUGUGACCAUCGAACCGGCGCUGUUGCUGAAGGGUGACAUCAUGGUGAAAUGCUACCACAGGCAUGCCCAGAGCGCCGACAGAGACACCGUCUUCCGGCUGCAGUUCCACACCUGCACCGUCCACGGGUCCCAGCUCUGGUUCGGCAAAGGAGAGCUGGAUGAAGCCUUCACUGAUGAACGUUUUCCAUCUGACGCCACCGUGGAGUUCAUCUUCUCCUCUGGACCUGAGAGAAUCAAAGGCCGGGAAUACCACAAGAAUGACCCGGCCGUCACCGUGGACUACAACACGGCCGACCCGGUGGUCCGCUGGGAUUCCUACGAGAACUUCAACCAGAGGUUCCAGGACAGCCUGGAGGACAUUGCCCACACCAGAGGUCCUCUAGAUGGAAGCCUGUAUGCGCAGAUCAAGAAGCGCAGAGCCGCCGGCUCCGGCUCUCUCAACUCCACCAACGGCAGCAGUCCUGGGGGGCCCCUCGCCGACGACAGGCCCGAUCAUCUCAUUGGCCGGGGUUCUGACUCUGCCCUCUCAGCUCACUCGCUGCAUUUGAACCAAACGUCGAUCCAUCCCGACCACGACGAGGCGCUUCUUCGCCCGCCGCCGCCGACCAGGCAGGAGAGGGAGGAGCUUGAACGUCUUCUCGGCGGCAUCGAGGGGAGCCGAGACGGAGAACGGGAGACGGCCAUCUUGGACGACGGGGAUUCGUUGGAGAGGACGGGGACGUUGGGUCUGAGCCGGUCCUGCUCCUGUCGGGAGGGCUAUCGGUCGCAGCGCUGCGCAGAGCCCGGCUGUGACCGGACCCUCCUCAUGCCCAACGGCUACUGCCUGGAUCGAGCUCCGGGGACCAACGGGCACCACGGGGCGGCUCCCCCCUCCCACGUGGAUCUGUGCCAGCAUUACAGCCCCCACACCCACCAGCCCCUCCCACCUCCAGACCUGGUGUGGGACCGGCAGAGCGGCCCGGGUCAGUACCUGCACCGGACCUGCUCCGAGGCUCCUCGCCACGUCUGUCCGUACCCCUCCCCCGACCUGACCCCCCACAACCAUUCCCAUCACCACCCCGUAGCUGCUGCCAGCCUGAUGGACGGCCUGCCGCCCCCUCCCUGUCCGUGCAGGGACUGCAGCAUCAGGAGAGAAGACUCCUACCACAGCCUGAGGCUGGACCGCGGCGACAGCUUCCACUGGGACAGAGAGGCGGAGCUUCAGCAAAGAGAGGUGGGGCUUAGGAGAACCAGGGAGGCGGAGCUAGCCAGAGGGUCCGACCUCCACUGGGAAAGAGAUUCCGGGCUGAGACGAGGCAGAGAGAUGUCACUGCACUGGGAUCGGGACAGGGAGGCGGAGCUUCAGUGGGAGAGAGAGGCUGAUUUUUGGCACAGAAGAGCCACCGUAGCCUCAUACGGCUCGCAAAGCCACGACGCCCCAGCCUUCACCUAUGACCCGCUGCCCUCUGGUCACCCUGCCUACCCUGAAGCAUCGAGGUCACACGCCCACUCCCACCUGGAUCUGAAGUACAGCAGCAGCAGCAGCGGCUACCAAACGCCCCGCCAAAUCUGUCCCUGCUCGCCGUACCAGCCCUCGCCAUCUGAGAGCAGAGGCUACGCCUCCGGCUACCAAUCCGAGUCGACGUCACCGCUGCCUCCUCCGUCCUCCAUGACGGGACCCUGCAGCCACAGCAACGGGACCGCCAACCACAGCCACGCCCAUCCAGACGCACAGCAGUGCUACCACCCGGACUCCCACGCCGACGGUCUUCGUAGUUCUGGAGAAAGCGUGGGCUGGAGGGAUCACAUCACCCACGGCUCCUUCAAGAGGGUCCACAGAGACGCUCACGCCGCCUGCUCCACGCCGUCUGACAUGUCGGGACCGCCCACUCCGGUCCACACCAGCAGCCCCCUGCGCUCACAGGAGAGCCCCAGCCCAGGAGGGAGAGACUUCCACAUUCGGACCACUGACAUCAUCGAUGACUACGACUCUCCGCAGCUGCAGGAUGCACAUCGCCAUAGCAACGGCACGGUCCAGGACUGUGGGAGGAGCCCCAAAAGCAGCUCAGAGGACUCUUCUGCUCCUCUCAAAGGUCCACAGUCGCACACAGACCCCGCCCCCACCUCCCAGCAGCACAGCCCGGACACACCCUCGCCGUCUUCUUUAGAUUCUGCUGCAUCCAGUCAGGCCCCGCCUCCCGCCUCUUCAGGUCCUCCCACCCCGACUCCUGUGGAGGGAGCUGCUCCGCCCCCCACAUCCACGGACUCCCCACCUCAGAGCCACGGUAGCGCUUCAGCGCAGCCCAACGAAUCCUCUCCCACGCAGAAACCUUCCCCCCCAGCGCCCAAAUCCUCCAGCCCCACCUUCGCCCCCCCACCGUCCUCCAACAGCAUGGAGGGCUCUCCGGUGUCUGACCCCCCGGUUCCCGGGUUUGCCACUCUGGGCAGACGGCUGAUGCUGAGUGGGUCAGACCUCCACCACCCCAGUUACCCUCAGAACCACGGAGCCCCUCAUUACCACCCCCCUGCGGUGGAGCACUGCGCCCCCCUGGACACGAACAAGAGGCACUGCCACCCGCACCUCCACCCCCCCUCCCACUACUCCACCAUCUCCAUCCCCCUGCCCCACCCACAGCCUCCUCUGCCGGAGAAGCGCCAUCACCCCGUCCUGUCUGACGGCGGGAGGCCCGCCCCCAGCUCCGCCCAGCAUCAGCACCACGUCACUUUCUCUCCAACUGUGGGGGAGGUUGCACCCCCUGCAGGCCUAAAUGAGGAAGUGCACGGGGAGGCAGCAAGCAGAGUCAGCGUGAAGUUUGUUCAGGACAGCUCCAGGUUCUGGUAUAAGCCCGGCAUCUCCAGAGAACAAGCCAUCGCCGCUCUGAAGGAGAGAGAACCGGGAACCUUCCUCAUCAGGGACAGCAACUCCUUCCAGGGGGCGUACGGCCUCGCCCUGAAGGUUGCGGUCCCGCCCCCCAGCGUCCAAAACAACAAAGGGGGGGACCCUCUGGAGCAGCUGGUCAGGCAUUUCCUGAUAGAAACCGGCCCCCGAGGAGUCAAGAUCAAAGGCUGCCAGAAUGAGCCGUACUUCGGGAGUCUGUCUGCGCUGGUCUACCAACAUUCCAUCACCCCCAUCUCUCUGCCCUGCGCCCUGAAAAUCCCAGAGAAAGAUCUCCUGGGGGAGGUGCAGGAGGCCCCGCCCGUCAGCAACAUCAGCACAGCAGCCGACCUUCUUAAACAGGGAGCAGCCUGCAACGUCCUCUACCUGAACUCUGUGGAAACAGAGUCCCUGACCGGCCCCCAGGCCAUCGCCAAGGCAACGGAGGCCACCCUCGGCCGAAACCCGCGUCCUGCCGCCACCGUGGUCCAGUUUAAGGUGACGUCGCAGGGCAUCACGCUGACAGACAGCCAGCGCCGGGUGUUCUUCAGGAGGCAUUACCCCGUCAACAGCGUCACCUUCAGCAGCGUCGACCCCAAGGACCACAGGUGGACUAACCCCGACGACACCACUGUUAAGGUCUUUGGUUUCGUUGCUAAGAAACCGGGCAGCUUGGCGGAGAACGUGUGCCACCUUUUCGCGGAGUUGGACCCCGAGCAGCCCGCCUCCGCCAUCGUCAACUUCAUCAACAAGGUCAUGCUGGCGCAGCGCCGAUAGAGCAGUCCAGACGGCGUCAGACGGAUGGAAAAGACAAAGUUGCUCUUAAGGGUCUGAGAGGUCAUGAAGCAAGACGAUCCACGACAGCUGCAGUCAGAGGGUGGAUCUCUAUGGUUCUUUGUGCAGCAAACCGGGUUUGUUCAGAACCUAAAGUGGAGAGUCAGGUGGGGAGGAAAUGCUGAAGCACAGGAAGCAAAAAAAAGAAAGCCUUUGUUGAAGUCAAACUGGUUUUCCUUUGGUCCAAACAAAUGCAGCAUUUUUAUCAAGUUGCUGCUGGCGGCCAUUUUAUUCUCAGUUUUGGUCCACAUAAAUUCAUAAAUGAGAUUCGUGAAACUGAAUUUACAAGUUUAAAUCAGACAGAUUUAGUUUUACAUGUAGGAAUAUUUUAACAAAGUUCAAAUGAAUUUAUUUAGGAUUCACAUUUUCAGAAAACAAAAGUGCAUAAAAAAUGUGUUUUUAACGACCCACUCUGAUCAGGUAAUCUAUUUUCAGAGCAUUUCCAGUGGUCUUUCAAUUAUGAUUUUGCCGUUUUUUGCCAAAAUCUAAAAACUUGUUGUUUUCUCAGACAUAGUUUCUGCAGAGCGAGACUUUGGCCCCGCCCAGUGUAUCUUCUGCAUC